UUUUGAAUAAUAAUAAUAAUAUCAAUCACUUUAACCAAACAGACAAAGAUAUCGGACAUCACAUGAAUGACACACACAUUGAGACACUAACCUAUGUUUGGUUCAAUCUGUACGGCGCUAUCCUAUCGAUGUGUGACAUAAUUUUGGCCAUAUUUGGUGCCCUUUUGAUGAUCAUAUCUGUGGUUAACGAUUCCAACAGCGACAUCAUCAGCGAUAUCAACUACUACUACCAUUUUGGUAUGAACUACGCGGCAAUAUUGCUAUUUGUGGCCUCAUAUUCCGGGUUUACCGGUUUUAUCGAAGAAUCUGUAAAUAAGUUGAUAUUGAGUCCAUCGUUGAUGAUAUGCGUUACAGUUAUACUAUGCAAACUGAUGGCAAUCAACUACAUAUACGGCAACCAAUUGUCCCAUUUGGUCAACUCGUUCGCCGAACUAUCGUUCGAAGAGUAUAUGUCGGACAAGUCGAACCCGGACUAUCAGUUCGGUGUACGGGAAGUGAUGCGCGCCUACAAGUGUUGCGGUUGGGAUAAACACUCCAUAAAUGAACUAAAGUUUGGCCGAAACCUGUCUCUACUGCCGUGUGAGUGCUGCCGAAGCAAUCAAAAUAGUCGUCAAUUUGACUACGAAUUGUGUACUUCUGUUGAAUUGCUGCUCAAAACAGACAACCAAAGUGUUUAUCAAAAUACUACCAAAUUUGCGGCAUUGUGUCCAUCAACACAUCAGCCGCCGGCCAUCCGAUUCUGUUCCCAAGUGUUGAAUACUGCACUCAGUGAUGAUCUUAAAUGGCAAAUGGGUUUCUUUAUGACUACAUUCAUGCUUUCAAUACUAUCUAUUGUCUUAUCAUUUAGACUGUCCUAUGAUUUGGUAGCUAUUGAUAUCCAAAAAUAACUUAAUAAUAAUACAAUAAUAAUCUAAAUCUA